CGCGACUUGUGCAGUCGUGGUGUUGUAGCGGUGCAGCGACGGCGUCUACGGUGACGAUUGACGAACACGGAUACCCGUAGUUUUGUGCAAUAAUAAUAAUAAUAACAAUAUUGUCGUUUCGUACUGCAAGUCAUACCGUCGUGGUGCAAGACGGACGCCCUCGCAAACCGAACGUCGCACGUCGUACAGAUAUUUGUUGUAUAUGAUAAAUAUAAUAUAUAUGAGCGUAUGACGACGUACGUGUACCGUCGUAUAGAUAUAUAGGUGCUGUGCAAUAACGUAACGACGAGCCACCGCCAAAAACGUUCUUGUAAAAAUACACACACUGCACCGGCUGUCCGUUUCGACUGCGGCACGAACCCGGCCCGAUCAAAUGAUGCUGGACAUACUGCACCGGCACGUCGUCAGGGACAUGGACGGGUUUCCCAGAAUCUCCAACUCAGACGGCGAUUGUGGCGAUGGCCCGGCGAGUUGCGAGGGUUGCGGUACGAAGAUCGUGGACAGGUUCUUAAUGCGAGUGGGUACAAGCAGCUGGCACGAGCAGUGCGUCACAUGUUCAGCAUGCGGCGUCCCGCUGGCCAAGUCGUGCUACUACCGGCACAAUGGAUUGUACUGCAAAAACGAUUAUGACAGACUAUUUGGCGUCAAAUGCGGUCGGUGUGGCGAGCCUUUGGGAGCCAGAGAACUCGUAAUGCGCGCUGGGCCCAGUCACGUUUAUCACGUGGGAUGUUUCGCGUGUGUGGCUUGCAUGCAACCGUUACAGAAAGGCCAGCAGUAUGUGGUCAAAGCUGGUGGCGGACAACUAUUUUGCCGUACAGACUUCGAAAAGGAAAUAUUUCUCAUGCAACAGACCGUUGGAAGUCCGCAACCAGACGAUAGUCUAACUUUAGACGAGAACUGUAGACCUCGAGACGGCCGCCGUGGACCGAAAAGACCCAGAACCAUAUUAACUUCAGUACAACGACGGCAGUUCAAAGCUUCAUUCGAAGUCAGUCCAAAACCUUGUAGAAAGGUACGAGAAGCGCUGGCUAAAGACACGGGAUUAAGUGUGCGAGUAGUGCAAGUAUGGUUUCAAAAUCAGAGAGCAAAAAUGAAGAAAAUCCAGAGAAAGAGUAAACAGGACGAUAAAAAUACGAACAAUAAUAACGCGAACAAUACGGAUAAAAAUGAAACUGAGCACGCAACGAAUACCACAUCUAGCGUAUGUUCUGGAGAUCAUUAUUUGAGCUUGAGUACGCUGAGCAUGCACGACAGCAGUGACUCGAACUAUCAGAACAGCCAGCCGCUGAACCCCAACAUACCGUACUCGCCGGAAGGUACGUACACCGGCGACCAUUCGGUGGACAGUUUCUGCAGUUCGGACGUGUCCCUGGACGGCAGCACCACGGCGGCGGACGAGAUCGGCUCCGAUACCAUGUCACUAGACCUAUCCGUCCACCACGGGACCCAUAACCAAAACGUGCACCACCAAAAUCACCACCAUCAUCACCAUCACCAUCACGUCGGUGGUGCCGCGUCCGUGGUGCCGGGCCAGCAGAUCAACCCGAUCGACAAACUGUAUCUGAUGCAAAACUCCUACUUCAACAGCAACGACCAUUAAACAAUAUUAUAAUAAUAAAUAAUAUACACACAACACACCCACUCGUAUUAUACGGUAUAAUUUAUACCUAGUAUAAAUAAAUAAAUUAUACAUAAUUAUUAUUGUUGUAUUUUAUAAUUAUCUCAUAUAUCAUACAAAGGUGGUUGCUGAAUUAUUGGACCUGAUCGAUAGGUUAGGGUCCUCCCCUGGUCCUUUUAGCACCCGCCAUCAUUUUCGGAUAUUCAUAUUACAUAAAAUAUAUAAUAUAUGCUUAUUACCUGAUGGCUGAUAUAUACUAGUAUCUUCCAAUUCACGAUACCCAUAUUAUAAUAAAUUAUUCUUCUAUAAUGUUUACCUACCUAUAACUUAUAAGUUGUAAUAUUAUCAUGUAUUGGUACCUACCUGGUUACCUAUAUAUUGUUCUGUCUAUUAUACUGUUCUAUUGCAGGGUGUUACACUGUUACAGAAAGAACUUACAAAUAUAAUUGAUAAAGUAACUACCUAUUUAAUACAUUUCCUUCUAAUCUGUAUUUAAAAUAAUAUAUAUACAUAUAGGUAUAUUAUAAUCAUUAUGAUUAAUAAUAAUUGUAUUUACUAACGUUUUUUUUCUAAAUUUUGUUAAGAACAAAAGUUAUAGUGACUAUAGUUCAUUAGUUGCAACUUACAUUCUGUCAGUUAUUCCUGUUGCACCUUGCAAUAAUAUUAUUAUCAUAUACCAUCUAUUGUAGUUUGUAAACAUUGUUAUAUUGUAAUAUUAUAUUGUCUUAUUUGAGUUCAUUACGAAAGACUGUCAUAUGCAAUUUUAAAAGAGCUCUUUAUCAUUGUUUACUAUGCCUGCAGAGUUGAGAUAUUAUUGCUUAAGGUCUAAGAAAUUAUAAGUGUGUUUUAAUUUCUAUAUAUAUGAUUAUUAUUGAAUAUAUGCCUAGAUAUAAUAUGUAAUCUGUAUAU